GCUCAGCCUUUCGGCUUCUGCAUGCAGUAGUGCUGAAACACAAACAUUCCCACACUCUCCAUUUCUUUUUAUUUGUUUAUGUGCAAGUUGACACAUUUGCCAAGAAUUGCCUCCCAUAAAAACUCUUCUAAGUUUCUUUCCACUUUCUGAACAACACAGAGUCUUUUCCUUGAUUCUUGAAUUUCCUCACCCUCACCCAAUUCAAAGGAACUUUUACUCCCACUAGUCAUUUUCGAUCUGUUCAUUCGACACUUGAAAUGGCAUCGCUAUCAACCCGUGUGCCAGUACUGCUUGUCAUUUUUUAUAUGACAGUAGUUGCAUUUUUCAUGGUUUUAUUAUGCAGCCAUAAUGUUACUGCUAGAUAUCAUCACCACGGCCACCGCGGCCAUCACAAUAAGAAACAUUCCCACAUAUCAUAUCCGCCUUCUAUUCCACCUGAGCCUUCUAACCCACCCGCAGACGAAGGGGUUUAUGAUGUGAGGUCGUUUGGGGCUGUAGGAGAUGGCAUUGUAGAUGACACUGAAGCUUUCAAAGCAGCGUGGGAUGCCGCUUGUCAAGUCGAGUCAGCAGUCAUCUUCGUUCCCUUUGGUUAUUCUUUCAUGAUCCAAUCCACUAUUUUUACUGGUCCCUGUCAAAGUGGUUUGGUCUUUCAGCUGGAAGGAACAAUAAUGCCACCAGAUGGACCAGAGUCGUGGCCGGGCAACAACAGCAGGCGGCAGUGGCUGGUUUUCUAUAGAGUUGAUGAGUUGUCACUGCAAGGCGGAGGCGUCAUAGAUGGAAGGGGAGAACAGUGGUGGAAUCUGCCCUGCAAACCGCAUAAGGGACCUAAUGGAAGUACACUGCCUGGACCAUGUGACAGCCCAAUUGCCAUUAGAUUCUUCAUGAGCUCAAAUCUAACGGUGGAAGGAAUUAGAAUGCAGAAUAGUCCACAAUUUAAUUUUAGAUUUGAUAACUGCAAGAAUGUGCAUAUAGAAUCCCUACACAUUACAGCUCCAGCCUGGAGUCCCAACACUGAUGGUAUUCACAUAGAGCAGACCACCAAUGUUGAAAUUUACGAUUCACUCAUCUCUAAUGGUGAUGAUUGUGUAUCAAUAGGGGCAGGAUGUCACGAUGUGGAUAUUAGGAAUCUCACAUGUGGACCUGGAGGUCAUGGAAUCAGCAUUGGGAGUUUAGGCAACCACAAUUCGCGAGCAUGCGUAUCAAACAUUACAGUGACGGACUCAGUGAUAAAGGAAUCAGAUAAUGGAGUGAGGAUCAAGACAUGGCAAGGUGGUUAUGGAGCAGUAUCUGGAAUUUCCUUCCUUAAAAUUCACAUGGACAACGUAAGGAAUCCCAUAAUAAUAGACCAAUUCUACUGCCUCUCAAAAGAAUGCAGCAACCGCACCUCAGCAGUGUCCGUUUCGGACAUUGAAUACUCUAGCAUAAAAGGAACAUAUGAUAUUAGAAGUCCGCCAAUGCAUUUUGCUUGUAGUGACACUAUUCCCUGCACUAACAUAACACUUUCGGACAUAGAACUUCUGCCUGCUCAAGGUGACUUAGUGUUGGAUCCGUUUUGCUGGAACGUAUAUGGUGGACAAGAGACGUUAACUAUUCCGCCUAUUUUCUGCUUGUUAGAGGGCAAUCCUCCAGCAGUGUUUGAAAAUAAUGACUUGGGCUAUUGCUCGUGAUAUAUGAUCUGAAAUUUGCACAGCCAAUGUUAAGUUGCCUGAUUGUGCUAGCUAUCCCUUUUUGUUUCUGUACAUAUCAGGUUAUAGAUUGAUGGAUCUUGAUAUGGAAAUCCAGUAAAUCGCUGUAAUGUAAUUUAGAGAAAGGGGAGCUUAUUCUUUACAUGUUUCCCUUGAGAUUAUUUUACUUUAGGCUUUCCUCUUCAGUACUUGAUGUAAUAUUUUUGUGCUUU